AUGGCCGAUAACAACAGCGCCGAUACUGGACUCACAGAUGUUCACCGUUCCAAUCACGUCCAUUCCGAAACUCCUGUACAACUCAUAGAUAUCCCAGGUAUGGAUACCCCAGGUAUGGAACAAGAGCUCACCCAGGUUUCACGUCAAGAGCUUGCAUUACCCUCUCGUAUGUCCACAACACCACACAACCACAGUUUUCAACCACUCGCACCACCUACUGGAGUCAUGUCCACACCUCCUAUACCUCACGAGAACAACGUCACGGCCCCGCAGCGAGGACCGAAGAAGCCUGUCACUACGCUCGUUUCCAUGCUACCCAAGACCACCUACAAUGAAACAGACGAGGCAGAGGAUACCUUAGGUCUUCAUGCAUCCGAUACACUCACUGUCCGACAAGCUUACUACUGGACGGAAAAUAUAGCGGAAGACAAGCAUCCACAAGCCAAGGAUGCACUACGUCUAUGCUACUACAUGCGUUCUCAGGGCUUCGACACUUAUGCAAAAUUCCAGAAAAGCAGAAUGAGCCUAUAUAUAGCCAGUCAGCCUACUGAGGUUACGAGUCCCAAGUCCGAUCGGCUAUAUUGGUGCCAGGAUCAUUUGACCAACGAGGUCGCUCACGAACUACGUACCGUACCUGUAUCCUCUGGAGCUCGGGGAGGAAGACGCAACGCUUUCUCAUCGGACCUCACUCAACAAAUCCAGAGGCUCCAAGCUACCGUGGAUGCAGUUAUUGCGGCAGGCACUGAUAUUGCUCGAGCGCAAUCCAGAAAUACUCUUGCUGCUGCCGCCGGCCAAGAUGAACAUGGAGAAGACACAGGGGAUAACGCCGGUACUGUGUCGGAAGGUAACGCAGGACGAGAGAACGAAAACGGCCAGCCGACCAUGGGCUCUCUUGCAGCACGCAUCGCUGUUGCAAGAGCAGAUUUGCAGACUCUGCUUUUCUCCGAUUCUCCUGACACAGACGCCAUUGACGCUGCUAUCGCACGUGUAGCAGAGCUAAACAGCCAGGAGAACUAG